AUGGAGGUGGGUGCACGGAUGGAGGUGGAUGCACGGCCGUCGGCUCCCCCCUGCUGGCUGGUACCAACGAUUGGCACAGAGCCACAGCCAGACCUCCCGAGGGGCCGUCAUCCACCAACUGAAAAAGAGCAAGGGUCCAAAGUGCUAAUAAUCAUGAAACCAUGUUUUUUCCAGGCAGGUGAUCAGCAUUUGCAUGACACUGUGGCAGGGACAAAUGCAUCUGAAAGCUAUUGUCACAAAUUCUUCAGGCAGAAACCAGUAGCUUCGCUGCAGGGGGACUUGAUCACUCCAAAUCAACAGCUAAAAGAAAAUGUUAGGAGAGAAGGAGGUGUGAAAAGUGCAAAUAACAGCAGGUUUAAGUUUCCUGGCAGUCACACGGCACCUAACAAUACUGAGGAUACAGCAACUCUCAAAAUGGACAAGCUGGGAAAGGCUUCUGGAUUCAGGAGAAAUACUUUAGUUAGGUCUUGGGAAUCAGCAGCCACACCUCUGGGGCAACCAGCUUCAGCUCCAUCUGUGUCUUUCAGCAGCACCCAACCCAGAAGACCUAUUGUUGCACACCCAGCUCCUCAGGCCUGGGCAGACAAGCAGGCAGCACUGCAGGAGGACCAGGUUCAACAGGAUAAGGUUUGGAGAGAGUCUGUGGAGGCUGAACAGAGAGGAAGAAAAAUCUGGCACCAGAACUGGAGUUUCCUAAAGGACUAUGACCAAAUGGGUAAGAAAAAGGAGCAGAAGCCACUGCCAAGCUAUAUGCCUGUGUUCUCAAGCAAAGUUCCCAACUCGACCAACCAGGUUAUUGGCAGUCGAAUGAAUACAGAACUUGGCAGGGCUCUGGUAAACAUGGAUUACUUCUUCAGCAGUGGAACACGGAAGAGGAAACUUGAGGGUGAUCUCCAGGUUUCCUAG